AUGAAGAUCAGAAGGAGGCGCAGGAGAUACCCUGGCGACGGCGACGAUGAAAGGAAUGGUAGCCAUGGCAGCGACAGGGCUCCGUCAACCCCGACCCCAACGCCGACAGCGACCACUCCAGAAAAUCGGAAAUCAGUCAGCAAAGCGAACCGGCCCCCGGCUCACACGCCCGACAGAUCAAAGUCCACAGCCUCCCAAACCGAGCUUAGAACCAAACUCGGGGAACAGGAGAAGGAUGCGAUGGGAGAAGCGAAAGGAAGAAGAAACGGCGGGGAUGGCAACACAGCAAUCCCGGGAAAAUACGGCGGGCCGAGUGAGUCGUUUCCGGUUGAAAUGAGCGUCGCGGACCGAUAUGAAGCCGGGCGUGAGGGCCGGAGGACACCCAUUGACUUUAAGGUUACGAAAACAGGUGAUUUCGGCGGGUUCAGCGUGACGAAAACGGAGGAAGUGGACCCAAUAAACGGAUUCAGUGUGACCAGAACGGAGGUGGACCCGGCGAGAGGGCGAGUCGUUGUUAGCAAAGCGGGCGAGGGCCAGCGAAGCAGCUCCGGCGGCCCGGAAACGUCCUCAGGGAGACAGGGGCUUUCGCGUCGCGUGAACCAGCAGGACAAGUUAUCUCCCGAAGCAAAAGCGUCGACAUCAAAGGCCGAGGAACCGUCGCCCCGCUUGCGCCAUCGCGACCCGGGGCCCGAAUCCUCCACAAGUAAAAGGGAGCGAGGGAAAAUGGAGGAUAAAGGAGGUGGGAGCCAUGCAGGAGACAAAACGCCGGGAAGAAAAGAAAACCCAGACGGGAAAGAAGAGACUCCAGACAAGGCGCGAGUCCCGCAGGACGACUUAGAGAGUAAAUUGUCCCGUCAGGUGGGGAGUGCGACAGUCAAGCCUUCAGCAGCAGAACGCAGCAGAAGUAAAACGCAGACAAACUCAAAAACACAACAAAAGACGUCUGACAACAGUAGUGUCACUCUACGUAAUCCAGCCAUGACUCCUUUAUCCUCAACAAACGGCCCCCUUCCCCCUCCCACUCUCAGAAUUCACAGCAGAAGUAGCACCCUCUAUCCCGAAGCGAAUAAAACCAAACAAACACAGCAUGUGGGCGCCGAAACAGAGGAGAAAGUGGACGUCGAUGCGAGCAUUUUUGACUUGCCCGUCGACGAGGCUGGGCCCGAGAGCAGACUGCAUUACCAAAGAGAAAUGCCCGACCGACGGAGGCCUCCGACGGCCGCCCCGACGAGGGUCUUCCCGGUCGAGCUUCUUGACGAAGUCGAGGAGCAAAACCCCCUGCCAAACUUGCCGAAGUCCACCACCCUCUCGAGUGUGUUCAGCGAGGAGUUGAUUCCUCCAUUGCCGAAUCAGUGGGACGACGACUGGAGGAACGCCGGGCCCUCUCGAGGCGACGCGGAAACCGAGAGCGACAGCGACGACGUCCCGCCCUACGAGAGCGGAGAUCGCCAGCCGCCCGACAUUCACAAGGAAAAACAGAGAACGACCAAAUAUCAGGAGAGUCCGAAGGCGUCGGGCGGCGCGACCGGUGACCGGAGGCGAGCAGAAGUGCGGCCCGCCAUCGGGAAGGCGGAUCUGAGGGCGUCCUCGUGGCCAGGGCCAGGCGAGCGCGUGGAGUUCGUGACUGUGGUUCCAGGUGGCCACUGGGACGUUUGGGGAGGCCCAACCCUGUGGGAUUCCCUCACUCCCCACUCCAAUAACUCCCACACGAACCCUCAGGUGUAUUCGGUGUACUGGGGGGACACGGGAGGCCCAGGGUCCCCGCCGGGAUGGCCCGAAGGCGUGUGGGUGAUUCGGGGAGGGUCCCUCCUCGCAAUCAUGGCGCUUGUGGUGACCAUUUCCGUGCAGGUGGCCCGGGACGGCCCCGCCCACCGCGCUGUGCCCACGGCCGCCGACGCCCUCGCCCGCGCCCACCACAGCCAACACGCCACGCUCGCGACCAACCUCGCCACGUCCCUCGCCUCCGCCCACGUCCUUCUCAUCUUCGGGAUCCAGGAAACGUUCGGAGGGUCUCCCAUGGCCCGAGAUAUGCGAAGCUUCCGGAAUCCGGUGAUAAUCUUCCAUUAUUUAAUUCACUGCGGGGAAAAUGCUCCACCUCUGAAUCACCUUCAGUCGUCCUGCUCCACCCUUGAAUUCGUACAGCAACAGGGCUCCACUUUCGAAUCUCUUACAGUGACAAUGUUCCGCCUUUACACUUCCUACAAUAACAAUGCUCUACCUUUGAAUCUCUUACAUCCAGCGGCAUACCAAGCAUUGCCCAAAUACACAGUCCAUCGUCCUUUUAGUUUAAGGAACUGUGUUACCUUCCAAAGAUAUAACCAUACUUUGAACGUCAAGAAUAUAUAUGUAUCUCUUGAGUGUCUCUUAAGUGUGUUUCUCUUAAGUGUAUCUCAAGUGCGACUCUUAAGUGGCCCUCUUAAUUACGGCUCGCCUGCCAGAUCCACGGCAUCAAGUGCCCCUCUUGGGAAAAGUCAAAAGUCUAGAUUGCGCGAGGUUUCGAUAAUCGAAUGA